AUGAGCUCCAAUAUCGAGGGCAGUGAAGACCGGGAACGCGAGGAUGAGCUUGACCUGGGCCAGGAGGACGAGGGACCCUUCCCGCCCUCGCGGAAUGGGGUCCUAGAAAGUCCUGGGCCACGUGAAAGAGCUGAAAAUGGGACAACGGUCUACACUGAGGAGGAUCUAUCGCCGGUGACGACCCAUGAUUACACAGAGAAGACGGCGCUCCCGGCGGACAGUCAGACUGGCAAUCUCCCAUCCACGCCCCGUCUCGGGCAUCUCGGGGCUCCCGGCAGUGUCGAUGAGACGGCCUCGACCCCAGAUGAUACUCCUUCUCUUCAUGGCUCCAUUCUCUCGUCGCAAAGCGGCAGUGCUCUCGCGCUCCGAGCAUCCCCUCGUCCCAGCCCCAGCCCCUCGCAUCGCCCAUUCGAUCUGCGCUUCCAAUCGAGGCUCUCCUUGUCACCGACCGGGUUCCGCCCAUCCUCCCCGUUUCUCGCCCACAUACACUCGCGCAAGUCCUCUUUUACCAGUCGGAUCUCCUUGAUCACCGGCGAUUCGGAUGCGGAACCCCUGCAAGGGCCCUGGGAUGUGGUCCGGUGGACUAAGCUUCGAAAGAUUACGGGGCAAGCGUUCUCAGAAGUGGGCAAGCGCAAUUUUGGUCAUCCCACGUGUAUGGCUGUGUCUACCAGUAUUGUGGUUGGGACGUCGAAAGGAAUCAUCCUCGUGUUUGAUUACCAGCAGAGCUUGAAGACUAUCAUUGGGCCAGGGACAAAGGCUGUCGAAUGCGGCGCAAUCACCUCGUUGGCGCUCUCGGCGGAUCACACCACGGUGGCUGGGGGCCAUGCUUCGGGCGAUAUAUACACGUGGGAGAUCUCGAGGUCCGCGCGGCCUUUCCUUCACAUACCCCCUAUUCCGGCGAGCCAAAUUGAUUCUCGAUCAUCUGACGGUCAUAUCGCGGCGACUGCUGUGAUCCACCUCGGCUUCUUAGGCACAAGGCGCACGGCUCUGGUGUCAGCUGACCAGCGAGGGAUGGCAUUCUCCCACCUAGCCACCCGCGGGAUGGGCGCCGUAGGUCGGACGGUGAAGACAACCCGAAUCCUGGGCCGCUAUCCUCAAACCAUCGUAGAUGGUCACCGUUUACGGAGGCCGAGCUCGGUGCUCGCCUUCUCGCCUCUUCCCCUGGGUAACGUCGAGCAGUCAACUGAUUCCCUUGGACUGGUCGCCAUGCUCACUCCGUAUCUCUUGGUGAUCGUCUCUACCACCCCCGUUGCGCAGACACAAUACAAGUGCCCGCGACCCAAAGAGGUCGCCGCUCACGGUGCGAUGACGGGUGCACUGGCUUGGUUUCCAGCGAUUAAACUGAAGGGAAAGGAGUCUGAAACGUCGAAGACGAAACUAGCCUAUUGCUGGUCCAAUGUGCUGACAGUGCUUGAUGUGUCCGAGGUGGAGACGGACGAACCGCCAAGCAGAGACAAGCCGCCGGCUUUGGAGUUUAUUCCCAGGAGACGUUGGAAAGCAGAGGAGGCCAUUGUUGCAGUGCAGUGGCUGAGUCGCUCCGUGCUGGCCGUGCUGACAAUCACCCAGCAGCUGCUGAUUCUCGAGGACUAUUCCAUGCGGGUUACUGACGCAGUUGACCUUCUGAAUCGACAUAUCUAUCAUGUUGACCUGUUCUCGUCGCAACUCCAUUCUCUGGUCGAGCAAUUCGACGAGGAGGACACGUCCAUGCAUGGUGUGGUGGCUGAUGCCUUUUACAUGAGUUUCCGUUCCUACAAGGGACGCCUUUUCUUGAUGGGUUUCAAUGAAGCAUCGGUUGGGGGGCUCUCGAACUGGGCCGAUCGGCUAAUUGCGCUCAUGGAAGCAGGCGACUUCAUUGGGGCUAUGAAACUGGCAACAUCUUACUACAGAGGUGAUGCAGAGAAACUUACCGUUGGUCUACCGGAAGAGGACGCAUUACGGCAGCCUAUUGUCCGAGAGAAACUUCUCGAGAUGGUCACGGCUUCCCUGAAGUAUGCGUUUGGCCGGAACGCAGAAGCGAACAAUGAGCGUCUCGAAAGCCGACAGCUCGAGGAAUUGGCCGAAGUAGCGAUCUCAGCCUGUGUCAGCAUGGCAGAGGAGGAGUUCCUCUGGGAUGAAGUCUUCAAUUGGUAUGAGGAGAACGACUCGCAGGGCGUUUUCCUCGAUGCUCUCGAGUCAUACAUUGUAGAUGGAACUGUGCGCUCCUUACCUCCUACUGCCGUCAAGGCUUUGAUCAAUCACUUUGCGACCAGCCACUCCGCCAGCCGAUUGGAAGAGAUCAUAUGCCUGCUUGAUACCACUACAAUGGACAUUGACCAGGUCACGACGCUGUGCAAACACUAUAAUCUGUACGAUGCAUUUAUAUACGUCUGGAAUCGCUGCUUAGGGGACUACGUGGGUCCACUGGAGGAACUCUUGAAAUUGGUCCCGUCGACCACGGGGUUGGUCAACGGAGAUUCAGUGGACGGGUUCACUCGACGCGCGAAUGCCACGAAAAUGUUCCCUUAUCUCUCGUUCGUGCUGACCGGCCGCAUCUACCCUACGGGCGAAGAGAUGGAAGAAGCCGAGGCCACACAAGCCAAGACAUCGCUGUACGAUUAUCUCUUCUCGGGAAAUCUGUCUGGAACGGAGCCUGGAUCCUUUUCGAGUCUGCAAACCAUCUUAAGGUUCGACGCGUCGAGUUUCAUGAGCAUGCUCAACGAGGCCUUCGAGGAUAGCUUUCUAAACGACCAGGAGUCCGAGGGGGUCUCUUUGCAUGGCCUUUCGGUUAACCGCCAGUACUUGAUCAGUAUCCUACUGCAAGUCAUGGCGCAUACGUCUUUCGCUCCGUCGGAUACUAUCUAUCUGGACAUGUUCAUUGCGCGCAACCUGCCCAAAUAUCCUCAGUAUAUCCUGCUCUCCGGCACGACGCUGCACCAGGUCCUCGAGCGGCUCUGUCGGUAUCCGGACGAAGAGAUGGCGGACGAUUGUGAGCUCAGUGCGGAGUAUCUCUUGUCUUCCUACCGCCCUCCCGACGUGCAGAGCUUGAUCCCGCUCUUCAAAGAGGCUCGUUUUUACCGGAUUCUGAAGUCGACCUAUCGCUCAGAGAGACAAUUCUCCGAGUUGAUUCUUACAUACCUGGUAGACCCCAACGAGCAAGAUGCUGUCUUUACGUGUCUGCAAGAUUGCCUCCGCCCCGGCUCUGCUCUGGGCAAAAAGCAAAGGCGGGAUGUGAUCGACGUGAUCAAAAGUCAUGCUGGACAACUGGUCAGCAUCGAUGUGAGCAAAGCGGCGUUGACCAUGGACGACGUCGCCCCUGAGACACACGAGACAUUUUUGAAGGCUUUGGAGGAGGACAGCUACAAGCAGUACCAGUACCUGCUCAUCGUCGUCGAACCCCAGCAGGUUCACGCCGAGGGGAAACCCUCCAAAUCCGUCGCAAACUGGAUGAUUGAGCGAUAUGUGCAGCUGCUGUGCAAGUACAAUCCCUCGCACGUUGCCGACUUUGUGGAUGACUUACGCACCGGCGACGUGCGGUUGGAGGAGUUGUUGCCCCCAAUGGAAGAGAGCGGAGUGGUGGAUGCCGCGGUCAUACUGCUCGCGCGGCAAGGGCAGGUGCGAGGCGCAAUGGAUCGGCUCACGGCGCAUCUGAGUACUCUCGAAUCGGGACUGGUAGGGAUCCUGCAAAGCGUGCAGCAGAGCCCGGACUCUGCCAGUACGGCUGAAGCGAUCCUUGAUCUCCUCGAGUCUUUGGACAAAUAUUCCCGAAUCGGAACAUGGUUGUGCCAGAACCAAUCCCAAUCGGUCAAGAAAUCCCGGCCGGAGAGGAAUGGUACAGGCAGUAGGAACGCAGUUGAGCAACCGCUCUCGUUCGAUGAAAUCCUGUGGUUGGACCUCAUCGAGGCAGUGGUCCGCAUUGCGAGCAGCGUAUUUGCUCUGAUGCGGGGAGAGCAGGCCGAGCCCGAUAAGCUGACACAGUUGGCUACCAUACCCUCCCCGAUGGAUGGCAAUGCCGCCCGCCUCAUAUCAUCCGUCCGUACGUUGGUCCAGCAAGUCUUUACGGCCUUGCUCUCCAGCACUGUUAAAGUUGGCGGAGCAAGCGCGACCACAGAGCGCAGUGAUGUCGCAUUCCUGCGCAUCUUGCGCGCGUUCCUCUCUCGUGCUGCCAGCUGGUCCCCGUCGCUCCUGGAGCUGCGUGCCGUCCUGGCAUCGGUCUUCUCCGCCUACACCUACGAGAAAUCGCUGUUAGCACUAGCCAACGGCAUGCUGGACCGAGAUCUUUUUGUGCAUGUGGAGGAGGUCACACGAUUGCGCCAAAGGGGAUGGCGACCUCGGGGCCAGGCGUGCGAGAUCUGUCGGCAGCGCAUCUGGGGGCCAGGGGUCGGGUCGGAAUUCUGGGAGGCGUGGGAGAAACGGGAAGAAGAGGAGGCGCGGACCCGUGUGGCUAAACAUCUUGAAGGCAGAUUCGAUCCUGCCGCUGCUCGCGGAAAGGGAAAGGCCGCUGCGGUGGACGCGGCCGUCGACCCCCGGUUCCGUGUAGAUCAUGAUCCGCAUCAUUUGCACGAUAACGAGGCCGGUACAGCAGCUGGAACCGGUCAGGCCACCGGCGAUGGCGUAGAGAAGGCUGUUGGGCCUGCGGUGGUUUUCUCCUGUCGCCAUCUGUAUCAUCGGCAGUGUUUGCUGGACACGACCAAGAAUAAACGGGACUCCGCGCAUUUUCCACUGGAUGGGACGUUGGAGUUGUCGUGUCCGACAUGUAUAUAG